AUGAAGUUCACCUCCGUCGCCGCUGUUGCCUCUCUGGCCGCUGCCGCCUCUGCUGCCCCCAGCACCCCCGAGACCUUUGGCCUCGUCGCCAUCCGCUCCGGUGACGCCGUCCAGUACUCUGGCUUCAACGCGGCCAAGGGCAGUCUCUUCGCCGGUCUCCCCAAGCAGAACGCCACCUGCGAGGGCACCGACGACGGCUUCGCCACCUUCUACAUCAAGGACGGCGGUCUCUACCUCUACGGCACCGACGAGACCCAGCAGUUCUACGUCGACCGCUCCGGCAUGGGCCAGGGCAAGAUCGGCUACACCACCGGCGACUCCUCCAGCGCUCCCCGCAACGGCGAGCUGACCGGCUGGUCCAUCGACAAGAACAACCACCUCGUCUUCGACGGCAGCAGCCCCAUUGCCUGCCCCAACAGCAUCGACGGCGCCUACAGCAUCUGGGCCUCCGCUGGCGUUGCCAACCCCGCUGGUAACUCGGACUGUGUUGGCAUUGCUGCCCGCGUCGAGAAGUCCGACAGCCCCGUUGCUUGCACCUACUCUUCCUAA